UGAGUACAAAAUUGCAGGAUUUCGCUAUGCCGGAUAUUUUUAUAGUUUCAUUUUGAUUAAUUGUUCUCGCGAGACUUGAAACGACACUUCCGGGUUUUAAAAUGACGCGGUUCUUCAGCCAAACGGACAUCGACGAGUUCAAGGAGUGCUUCUUCCUGUAUGCCAAGAACAAGGGGUUUAUUUCUACAGAAGAGGACCUCACAUUGAUCAUGAGGUCAUUGGGUUACAGCCCAACUAAGGAUGAGCUCAAACAGUACUUCCAGAAAAAUGUAAAAGAGGGCAAGAUAGAGUUUGCAACAUUCCUUGAUAUUCUCCACACACACUCCCAGUCUGAGAAAUGUCAACAGGAAAUUAUGGCAGCCUUUGAAUACCAUGACAGAAAGAAAACUGGCUAUAUCCCUGCGGGAGAGCUGAAGCAUAUGUUGUCCAUGUUUGGAGAGCAGCUCAAAACAUCUGAAGUUGAUGCCUUGUUUAGGGAAGCUAAAGUUAAUCCACAGGGACAAGUGAGAUAUGCAGACAUUGUGAAUAUGCUGAUGACACCCAUUCCAGACUAUAGAUGAUACAAAUAUAUACAUGUAUAUACAGCAAAUGUACUAUUUAUAUACAAAUAUGGAACUGAUACAACGAUACAGUGUAUUUCUA